AUGAAGCACACCUAUACGCAAUAUACGAUCUCUGCCACGACGUCCGCGGGAACCGACGCUCCCCAUCCUCUUGGCAUCGCCGGACAGGUGUUAAAUCUGCGAGGUGAUGCCGGAUUGCGAAUUGCAGGCUGGUAUGUUCAAACUCUGAGGGAUGACGGCGCCCAAUUUUUAACAGCCAAAUCCCUUUCUGAAAACCGUGUUGAUGUGGCGUGUGUCUCUGAAGUCUGCCUACCCGGCACUGGCUACGAACUGCUACAAGUACCAGGAGCUGACUCUGCGAACCAUCUCUACCACAGUGGUGUCUCCGACAACUCUGGACAGUAUGGUGUCGCUAUAGCUUUGGCCGAUAAAUGUCAAGCGAUCUACUCGUCAUUGCCGGUGAUUGGAACGCCCGACCAGGUGAUUGUGACGCUGGAACCCAUCAUGUGGUAG